AUGGAAGAGAAUGGGUACAAGCUUGUCGUGGGUGUGGACUACGGUACCACCUUCACAUGCAUUGCUUAUGUUCUUAUCCGUGCAGGUGACCAAAUGGGCAGCGAAAACAUCAGUAUUAUCAAGCAAUGGCCCUCAAGUCUUGGUGAGCAGCCCAGCGCCCCGUCCCUAAUUUCUUACAGGCAGGAUGGAGGUCCACACCUCUGGGGCUUUGAGGUCAACCCAGAAAUGCGAUCCUAUGCCUGGACGAAGCUACUAUUGGACAGAAAUCCCCAACGUGAUGAAUUCGACGAUGACCUCCUGGAGAGAGUCACCGGUUCGGAAAUCCUGAGGCUGCCCAACCAAAAGGAAGCCGGGGAAGCUGUGGCAGACUACCUUUCUCGGAUAUACAGUCACAUCCAGCACCAUAUCUCCAAAAAGGUGCCAGAACUUGGCAGUUCCAAUGGGGAUCUAAGUAGAGUGCCGAUCGAUUUCUGGUUCACGACGCCAGCUCGCUGGUCUGGGAAUACACAGUUCCUAAUGCGUCAAGCAAUUCAGAGAGCAGGCUUUGGGACAAGCUUUCUACAUCGCGUGUGGAUAUAA